AUGACCACCUCUGUGCACCAGGACCUCAGCACACGGCUCGACCAGCUCAAGUCGCUGCCCGCCGGCUUCUGGCUCGCCGCCGCCCUCGUCGCGUUCUCCGCCUACUACCUCUACCCGUACUUUGUCACGUACGCCGCUCUGCGCGACAUUCCCGCGCCCUUCCCGGCCCAGUUCUCAGACUGGUGGCUCUUCCGUGUCGUUAAGCGCGGCAACCGCUCCGUCACCGUUGACAAGCUCCACCAGAAGCUGGGCAAGUUUGUCCGCCUCCAGCCCAACCACGUCUCGAUCGCCGACGACUCGGCCAUCAAGGCCAUCUACGGCCACGGCAACGGUUUCCUCAAGUCGAGCUUCUACGAUGCCUUUGUCUCGAUCCGUCGUGGUCUCUUCAACACCCGCGACCGCGCCGAGCACACGCGCAAGCGCAAGGUCGUCUCGCACACCUUCUCGGUCAAGUCUGUCCGCGAGUUCGAGCCGUACAUGCACGACAACCUGAACCUGUUCGUGAAGCAGUGGGACAAGCUCGUCGACAACGCGAAGAAGGAGGGCUCGAACGGUGGAAAGGCGCGUUUCGACUGCCUUGAUUGGUUCAACUACCUCGCCUUUGACAUGAUUGGCGACCUCGCCUUCGGAAGCCCCUUCGGCAUGCUGGCGGCUGGCGCUGACGUCGCCGAGCUUCGCUCCACCCCCGACGCCCCAGCCGAGUACGCCCCCGCCAUCGAGAUCCUGAACCGCCGUGGCGAGAUCUCGGCCACUCUCGGUAUCGUCCCCAAGCUCAUCCCCUACGCCAAGUACAUCCCCGACCCCUUCUUCUCAAAAGGUGUUGAGGCCGUUGCCAACCUUGCCAAGAUUGCCAUUGCUCAGGUCCGUGGCCGGCUCGAGAACCCGCCCGCCGACGCCCGUACCGACCUCCUCGCCCGUCUCCAGGAGGGCCGUGACGACAAGGGCAAGCCUAUUGGCCGCGAGGAGCUCACUGCCGAGGCUCUCACUCAGCUGAUUGCCGGAUCUGACACUACUUCGAACUCGUCGUGCGCCCUCCUCUACUGGGUCACCAAGACCCCCGGUGUUCUGGAGAAGCUCCAGGCCGAGCUCGACGAGGCCAUUCCUCCCGGAACCGACGUCCCCACCUACGACAUGAUCAAGGGACUGCCUUACCUCGAGGCUGUCUUCAACGAGACGCUCCGUCACCAGUCUACCUCGGGUAUGGGCCUCCCUCGUGAGAUUCCCUCCGACUCACCCGGUGUCACCAUCUGCGGCCGCUACUUCCCUCCUGGCACGAUUCUUUCGGUCCCUACGUUCACUAUUCACCACUCUAAGGAGAUCUGGGGCCCCGACGCGCUUGAGUUCAAGCCUGAGCGUUGGUUCAACGUCACUCAGCGUCAGAAGGACGCCUUCAUUCCCUUCUCUCACGGACCUCGUUCUUGCGUCGGAAGGAACGUCGCAGAGAUGGAAAUGAAGCUUAUUGCUGCGACCUGGAUGUACCGUUACAAGCCUACGCUUCUCCAGGACAAGCUGGAGGUUGCGGAGGGAUUCCUGCGUAAGCCGCUUGGACUGGAGAUCACCAUCGACCGCCGCCACUAG